UCAAACCAAAAAAAAAAAGACACUUUGCAGGAGUGUCGUAGCAGCACCCAGAAAAAUCCUGCCGAGCUGUCUGGAUGCCGUCCAGUUAAUGGGAGCCAGUGUUCCAGAGAGCGGACGCUGCUGAGACACGGAGGAGGCGGGCAGACAGGCGAACUGCGUCGCGGUAAACAACAGCAAGGAGCAACAUACGUUCAAAAAAUAUAUAGAUUUAGCUGUACCAACCUCUAAACACUGUUUACUCUACUUGGAGGUUAUGCGUGCGCCGAAAAAAUGACUGUCACUCUGUGUUGCAGUGUAGGCUACUUGUUAUGCUAAUUACCCCCCAAUGACUGGAAAUACGCAAUUAUUUAUGAAGUAUUACGUAUGCUCUGCACUUAGUAGCCUGUACAGUUAGGCUAGUUAUUUUGGCUAGCGGCUCUGCAUUUGUCAGUCUUAGGGAAAGGAGACAUGGGAGACAAUUUGCCAGGAGCUGCUGUCGUCUUCGGCAGGUGAAUCGCGCUGUGGAUAGAGGCAACGUACCGCUGAAAGUAUCUGAGGGAUCUUCGUCAACGCCAGCACAGCACGAAAACUUGGAUUAUUGCCCUCUGUGUCGAAACGGAAAUAAUGUUGGAGAUAAACGCGGCGUUCGUGAAAUAGCCGAAAAACCGACGCAGGUGGGAAAUGACAUAAUAUUAAACUUGUUCGUUUCCUAUCAAUUCAGUUUCUGAUCUUGCACGCGGCAGACGCAUUCGGCAGGAGAUGCGUAUUCGAUACGGAAUUGCUUUCUGGCAAGCAACUUUUGGACUUUUAUUCUGCCACUGUGCAUCGAUGAAGUGAGGAGUCAUCGAGAAUCUCCGCAACCGAUAAAGAAUCGGCUGAAAGAAAACUACGCAUUUAUUUCCGCGUCUGCGUAAUAGCUGAAUAUUUGCUUGGGAGAGAAUUUGCUUGGGAUUCACUCAGACUUGAUACAAGCGUCCGCUCACCAGUCAGCUGUUUGUUAUCAACUAGGUACACAAGUUGAAGUUCACAAUUUACUUGGACGGCAGCUCCAUUUACAAUGCCGCGCAGGGACCUCAGAGAUUGAACCGAGGCUGAAGUGUCCAGGGGAAAUAAAGGAGAAUGGCAUACCCAUUGAACAAUUGUGGUGCAAAAUUAUCCGAAAGGAUUUAACCUUAAAGCGACGCCGAGAGAGUGAGUGGCCGACCGAGGAUGUCAGACGGGGCGCGGGACGUGCAUAUACAUUCCUCUCCAGCAGUGGCAGCGAACGCAGAGGGAGAUGAGAUCGAGGUUUUGGAGAGUACGGAGGUCCUUCCCGUGGCCCCAGAGGACCAAUGGAAAUCUCUUUUCGACAAGUUUGACCCGGAGAGCUCAGGCUUCAUCAGCACCGAGCGCUUCCGGGACCUGCUGGCCGCCCACGGCUCCGAGCUGGACCCCCACAAGCUGGAGGUUCUGCUCGCCCUGGCCGACGGCAACGCCGACGGGAAGAUCUGCUACCAGGACUUCGUCAACCUGAUGAGCAACAAGCGCUCCAACAGCUUCCGGCGGGCCAUCCUGCAGGGGGGGCGGCAGCUGAAGGGAACGUCCCUGAAGGAGGAGGCGGGGCUGGGCCUGUCCCAGCGGCUGGUGCGGCACGUGGCCUACGAAACGCUGCCCCGCGAGAUCGACCGCAAGUGGUACUUCGACAGCUACACCUGCUGCCCCCCGCCCUGGCUCAUCCUGGCCAUCACCAUCGCGGAGGUGGCGGUGUUCAUGUACUACGGCCUGCAGCUGGACCGCUGGGUGCUGCAGGUGUCCCACCCCCGGUUCCUGAAGGGGCCGCUGCCGUACCACCCCCAGCUACGGGCGCAGGCCUGGCGGUACCUCACUUACGUCUUCAUGCACGCAGGGAUAGAACACCUCGGGCUCAACAUGGCCAUGCAGCUGCUGGUGGGGGUGCCCCUGGAGAUGGUCCACGGCGCUCUGAGGAUCGGCCUGGUGUACGUGUGCGGGGCCCUGGCAGGCUCCCUCGCCGUGUCCGUGGCUGACAUGACCGCGCCGGUGGUGGGGUCGUCGGGAGGGGUCUACGCCCUGGUCUCCGCCCACCUCGCCAACGUCGUCAUGAACUGGUCCGGGAUGAAGUGCCAGUUCAAGCUGUUCCGCAUGGCCAUGGCCCUGGUCUGCAUGAGCGUGGAGUUCGGGCGUGCCGUGUGGCUUCGGUACUACCCCCCGGCCUUCCCGCCCUGCCCCAACCCCAGCUUCGUGGCCCACCUUGGCGGGGUGGCGGUGGGCCUGACCCUCGGCGUGGUGGUCCUCCAGAACUACGAGCAGCGCCUGCAGGAGCAGUCUCUGUUCUGGAUCUUCUUCUCCGUCUACACCCUGUUCGUCCUCUGCGCCGUCUUCUGGAACGUGUUCGCCUACGGCCUGCUGGACGUGAAGCUACCUCCCACCCCCUGAGAGAGAGAGAGAGAGAGAGAGAGAGAGAUAGAACAUUUUUUUGGGUGGGGCGUGGGGUUGCACCCCUGUGGAACCAUCCUGGCAUGCCUUCUCCUACCUAAGACAGCCAGGUACACUCCUGCUGACGGGGUGGAGGGGGGGGUGGAGGUAGGCGGGAGGGGAAUUAAGGUGUGACAGCAGCCUGCUUUUAACCAAAAGGUGCCUGUAACAUCAGAACAGUGGCAUCACUGUAUAAGAGUUAGACAGCCUGAAUUACUGGGGGGGGACUCUUACAGAAGCUUUGCCCAAGAUGGACACCAGUGAGCAGUGUGAGAGGGACAGAGCUACGCCCUCAGACUGAUAGGACAUUCCGUUAAAUGCUCUACUCAGAUUAAGUGGUUUGGCAGGACGUGGUUUGAUCAAAACUUCACGCACGGUCAGCAGUGUUGUGUUCUUAUUGUGGUGAAACGUGCCAUUUUGUUUUUUCUUGACAAGACAAAUGAUGCGCUACACUCCCUGUUUUUAACGCAGAUCUCAUUUGUUUCUUAUUGUGAAUGUUGUGGAAGCAUUCAUUGUUGACCCAAAAAAACGUGCACUUGUAUGUGUAUGCGUUUGUGAGCGCAUGGGUGUUCGUAUGUGUGAGUGUGUGCUUGUGCGAAUUUGCCUGCGUGUUUGUGUGUGCGCAUACAAAGAGUAAGUGUGAUUUUUAUAAAGGCAACAGUUGUUAUACAUAUAGUUUACUUUGUGAAGAACAGUGAAACAUUAAUUUUGUUCUAAAUAAAAAUAGAAAAAUAGAAGUGCCGUAAUACCUCAGUAUUCAUUGAAUGUUUGCCAAAAUUAUUCUACAACCAACAGCAACGCGACAUAAAGCAUAAUAAACAAAACAGUGCAUUACCUGUAAAUACAAAAAAAAUUGAAUGCAUAACAUCUUGUCAUGAAGCUAGGUGCUGUAGUCUGUAGUUAUCUGGAAAAAUGAUUUUCUCAAGUGACUUUCAGGCCUCCAUAUUCACUUGAUAAAUGUAUUUAAAUAGCCCUGUCCAAAUCUCAGACUUUAUGGAAAUAUUAGCAGAGAUAACUUUGAGGGGCGGAGUUACACCAAGCAUGUUCCUAUGUGCUGUAUCAGUGGUGCUACAUUUGACCAGUUCUUCUUCGCUGGGGCUAUGCUACGGCAAAUACAAAUAAUGGUUAUAUGUCUUUGUUAUGUUUGGUGGACCAUGUAAUUGUUUAUGUUUCUUAUCAGUCUAACCAGAGCAAUGUAUACUUGACCUUGAUAACCUCCGCAGGAAUUAAAAAUACUUUGACCUAACAUUACCCUAACUACAGUGCAGACAAUAUAUAUCUUAGACAAAAAAAAAA